AUGCGCGGCAUCAAAGCUCUGCUCGGGCUCGCUGCCCUCAUCGGGGGCGCAAGCGCCAUUGGGCAGAUGAACUGCACCUCCUUCGAGUCGGGCGCUUCUACCUUCCCGAUCGUCGCGAGCGGGACGGCUUCGCCAAUCUACGUUUCUUCGGAAGACUGGCUCGGCGUGCAACGCGCGGCGACAGACUUUGCAGAGGACAUCGAGCGCGUAACGGGCGUCAAGCCUGCGCUCAACAACGUUACCGCCACGAACGUCUCUUCUGCGGUUCCGGCGGGCACGCAGCCUAUCAUCGUCGGAACGCUCGGGAUGUCGCCGCUUAUCGACCAGAUCGUCAAUAAUACGGGGUUGGACGUGUCCUCGGUGGAGAACCAGUGGGAGGCGUUCAUGACGCGUGUCGUUGAGAACCCUCUUCCGGGCGUGUCGAGCGCGUAUGUAAUGAUUGGCGCUGACAAGAGAGGUUCGAUAUACGCUAUGUACGACCAUUCCGAGCAGUUCGGUGUUUCUCCUUGGUACUGGUGGGCAGACGUCCCCACGACGCAGCACGCGGAGCUCUACGUCUCCCAGGCAGGGUGCUACCACGGGAGUCCCACGGUGAAAUACCGGGGUAUCUUCCUAAAUGAUGAGCAGCCCGCUCUCGAGAACUGGGCGAUGCACUACUUCUCCAAUGGCACGGGCGCCUACUACACCGGGUCGCCCUUCAACUCAGAUUUCUAUCGUACUUUGUUUGAGCUUAUUCUGCGAAUCAAGGGCAACUACCUAUGGCCAGCGAUGUGGGCUAGCGCCUUUGGCGUCGAUGACCCGCUCAAUCAAUACUAUGCAGACAUGUACGGUGUGGUCAUGGGCACUAGCCACGAAGAGCCCAUCAUGCGCUCGCUCCCAGUCGAAUGGGACCUCUUCGGUACUGGCCCAUACGAUUACGUCGCGAACAAGCAAAAUAUCUAUGAUUUCUGGAUCGCCGGAGCGAAGCGUGGUGCGCCGUACGAGAAUAUCUACACGAUGGGCAUGCGAGGCCUCGGCGACUUACCACUCGGCGAUACCAUCGAUACCUCUUUGCUCGAGGGGAUUGUGUCAGACCAGAGACAGAUUCUGACGGACUAUGUCAACCAGAACGUUACGGCGAUUCCGCAGAUGUGGUGCCUCUACAAAGAGGUCCUAGGCUACUACGAGGAUGGGAUGACUGUCCCCGAAGAUGUCACCUUACUCUGGACGGACGACUCCUGGGGAAACAAUGAGCGUUACCCGCUAUACAACGAGACCGGCAGGUCUGGUGGUGCUGGCAUUUAUUACCACGUAAGCUAUGAAAAUGUAGGAACACCGAGAAACUACAAGUGGAUCACGGUAAGUACUACAUACAAUCAAAUGUCGCUCGCCGUCGAGCGCAACGCGACCCGCAUCUGGAUCCUCAACGUCGGCGACCUGAAGGGGUACGAGAUGCCGAUCGAGUAUUUCAUGGGCCUCGGCUGGGACUCGACGAUCUGGAACCAGGAUAACGUCUACUCGUUCGUCACAAGCUGGGCUGCGCGCGAGUUCGGGCUCGAUGACGACGACCGAGAGGCGGUUGCAAGUAUUAUUCAUAAUCUCACGAGGUACAACUCGCGGGUGAAGCCGGAAUUGGUGAACUCUACGACGUACAGUUUGACAAGCUACCGCGAGGCUGAGACGAUGCUCACCGAUUGGGAGUCCCUGUUGAACGAGUCGACGCGAAUCUACGACAGCCUUUCGGCCGAGAAACAGCCGGCGUACUUCGAGCUUGUUCAUCACCCUGUCAUGGCCAGCUCUACCGUGAACUGGAUGUGGAUUUACGCUGGAAUGAAUAACCUCCUUGCUUCGCAAGCUCGCGUAGGUGCGAACGAUUACUUCACCAAGGUGCAAGGAUUGUUCCAACAGAACUAUGAUAUUGAGGAGAUGUACCAUACAAUUUUGGAUGGUACCAUCAUGGACCAGACUAACUCGAUGUACUACUACUGGCAGCAGCCGAUGCAGGACACCAUGCCUAUGGUCACGUGGGUGCAGCAGCGAAAGGCAAACAUUGCCGGUGUCAUGCGGAUCACCCCCGAGGAGAGCAGCGGUGCCUGGCCAGGAGACAACGAGAACGACUGUGCUCAAGGUUACAGCUGCCCCGAUCCGACCGUAUACCUCGACCCUUAUCUCCCAUUCGGGAGUAAAUACGUUGAUGUCGGAUUGGGCGGCUCGGAGAACUUCAGCUUUACGGUCACAUCCAAUGCUAGUUGGAUCACAGUCUCUCCAUCCGGAGGAUCCAUCUCGCUGUCUAAUCUUGAGCAGCGCGUGUACGUGAGCGUCAAUGACUGGAGCCAGGUUUCGGGCAAUCAGUCUGCUCUUGUGAAUUUCACCACGACGGGGCUGGACGUGACGGAUACGAGCCUUCAGAACACCACGAACACAUUGACUGUGCCGGUGACCUUUGUCGCAAACCACACGCAGCCAGCUUCAAAUUUCACUGGCUUUGUCGAAGGUGAUGGCGUAAUUUCUAUUGAUGCGGCGCACACCUCCAGCAACACGUCUGUGGCUGGUAUAACGUGGACUGAACUUCCCGGGUAUGGUCGGACGCUGUCAGGAGUCACGCCGAUGCCUCGUACCGCGGAUAACAACACCAACUUCACCGCUGGAGCUGGUCCUUCUGCACGCUACGAUUUCUAUAACUUCAACACCAUUGGCCAGGAGGGUAACAUCACCAUCACGGCCUACCUCGGUGUGAUUCUCAACGCGAACGGCAACGAUCGUCCUGCCGCGUUUGCGCUGCAAGUGGACGAUAGUGAACCACAGACGGAAUACUAUGCACCAUCAGCGACUCCUGGGUCGCAGCCGCCCGAGUGGAAUGACUGGGUUGCGCAGAACACGAUCACGACUCAGACCAACUUUACUGCUUGGCCUGGCGCACAUUCUCUUACGGCAAGUCACUUAUUGUGCUCAUAUUCACUUUGGAUGGUUGAACCUGCUGUUAUCGUGGAACGCAUUGUCAUUGACACGGGCGGCCUACUUCCGAGUUACCUGGGUCCUCCAGAGAGCGUCCGAGUGUAG